CGCUCGGUGAUAUCCAAGCACUUCGUGCAUCGCAACGCGCACCGUUGUCUCAAGGUCCGCGAAAAUCGAUCGGCCGAUUUUUUUCCGCUCGAACCGCUCCGUCCGACCCUCUUCGAAAGUAAGUCGAAUUCGAAAUAAAACCCGAUCGAAACUUGCAAAACGCGUAGACGCAACGAACCGUUGAAUCUUGAGAGAUACUUGCGGAGUGUAACAUCGAAAGUCGUGCAACUUCGCUCACGAGGUGAAUCGAAAUUGGAAAAAUUGGAAUCGAGUUAGAAUUCGUAAAAUGUGAACGCAGUCGAAUCGAACGGUAUAGAAUCUUCGUGAGACCGAAUUAAAUUUGCAAAGUAGGAAAAUAUUUCAGCUAAAAUCUACAGAGACAUUGAAAAAUAUUAACUCGGGUCCCGGGUCGAGUGAAAAUUCAGCCGAAUCAGACUAAAUCAAAUAAUUAGAUUAAACUCACGGGUACAGUGAGCAGUAAAAUUAACCUAUCGAACCAGUAAGAACUUCGAUCGCUAAAAGACAUCGUCAGUCGCCCCGUUUCCAUCGAAACGAAAUUCAGUUUGAAAACUUGAAACGGAAUAUCGCGAACGAUCGUUUCGCUAAAUUGACACGUCAAAGAAACGAGAAUCUUCAUCGCGGUGAAAUGCCACUGAAAGAUGUAUCCACAAACGCUUGAUCGAGGCGAGGAACGUCGUGAUCGAGGAUGGAACUGAUGGAAAAGUCCUCGCGGUGAAACUUGAUCGACGAAACGUCGAUUAAGAGGGACGAUUUCCGAGUGUUGGAAGAAGAAACUUCUUUCGCAGAAAUGGUAAGGAGAACGGUGGCGAACGGUUACACGAGAAAGGAAGGAAACGGCUGGCCGCGCGUGAACUAAAAGGAAGAAAGUCGAGGGCGAGCGCUACGAGAGUCCAAAAUCGAGAUAAAGAACCACGGAAACGAAUGUAAUCGGUCAUGCUUGACGAUCUCGCGUAAAAAUGACGAGGGGAUAGCCGGUCGCCGAGAUUCCACGGACGCAUUUGACCGAAGGAAAGCCGCCUCCUCUAAUGGUCUCCCAUUCUCGAGACAAUCGCCCGUUUUAACGGUCGAUGGUCGUUUCUUCUUUCUCAUCAACCUGGCAUUACAAUGAUAAUGGAUCGGACUGCCUUAAUCCUCGCGCUUUGACGAGCCGCGUGUACUUAUUUAGCCGCGGUUCCACCGUACGAAAGAAAACGAACGUUCGCGUCUCGUUCGAGGUGCGUAAAUCGCCGGUGCUACUUAAACCGAGGCAGGACUUUGAGGAAUUUGCGAAAUUCAAUCGAGAAGAGAAGAUAGAGAUAUCGGAGGCAGUGUCGCCGGAUGGGAGGAAUUUAAGAAAUUCAAUUGAGAAGAAGCAAAAAAAAAAAAAAAAAAAAAAGAACAGAAGCAUAGCGCAAGAGCUAUAGUGGCGUAAGGCAAAUAUUAAAAUAUUAGGAGUACAACAGUGAAGUAUUAAGAAGACAGUGAAGUUUUAAUUUUUGAGGGUGUUGAUGAGUGAGAUAUUAAAAUAAUUGCAAGUGGGAAGUUUUUAUAAAACAGAAAAUUUUAUGAGAGAAACACAAGAAACUUGAGUAAAUAGAGAAGACACAAUAUAUCGGAGACACAAAAUAUAAAAUAUUAGGAUCGCGAGUGAGAAGAUAGAACUUGGGGAAAAUUCUAAAGAAUCUAAAGAAUUAAACUGAGAAAAUAGGGAAACAUAGUGGAAACAGCGUGAGACAGAUAGCAUUAAAAGAUAUCAGAAUCAAGCAAGUGCUACGGAUAAUGCGAGAAAAUAAUGUCGAAAUAUUAAGGCUGCAAAGUGAGAGAAAUUCGUAGAAAAGAAUCAAAAGACGAAAAGUUGGAAGAAUCGAAGAAACUACGUUGAACAGAAAAUAUGAAGUGAAGGCCAUCGAAAUAUCGUGAGAGAAGAGUUUGCGGAAGAAACUUGAACAGCUUGAUGGUGCUACCUCGACGAUGAUAUCGUUUCCGAUAUCGAAAGCUUCUUCAAACAGGCACGCAUACUAUAAUUCGAUAUAAGAUCCAUAAAACAGCAGACAGUAUUAACAAAUUAAAUUGUUCCGAGGGGUCAAGAGAGCCGAGACAUCGAAGAAGAAAGAGAAUCCAACAACGCCGGCGAUGCUUGUAAAAUUAAAGAUGGCUAAUUCAAUAGAUGGAGUGGUAAUUCCUUUUGUUAUCUUGCUACUCUGUAAUUCUACGACAGGAUAUAAUAUUCUGUUGGCCACUAUGGGUGGUACAAAGUCGCACACAGUACCAUUUGUGGCGCUGGGUAGCAGUUUGAAGGCACGAGGACACAACGUGACUCUUUUAAGCGCGUUUCCAGGUCCAGCUGCCAACAACGGGUUACAGGAGUUCGUUCCGCCCAUCUUCGAGGCUUAUGUCGGGAAUUACACGUCAGAAUGGGACCUGGUUGGUGCGAGGUUCCGAGAUGAAAUGCCUAUCUCCCCGUGGGAUGCAAUGCGAUACGCCUGGGAGGCAUGUGAGGCGCUUCUUCGCGACGAAAUAUCAGUAUCUUGGCUGAGAAGACCUGAAGGCAAUCAUCAUGCACGAUGGGACGUCGCGGUAGUCGACGGAGCCUUUCCCGAAUGCCUUCUAGGUGUUCUCCAUGGCGAGAAUGUGCCUACCAUCAUGCUAAAUACGGUAGCGCUGUACAGUGGAUCCAUAAGUCGUCAAGGGAACCCGUCGCCAUGGUCCGUCACACCGUAUUUCGGCAAAUCAUUGACCCAGGACAUGAACUUCCUCCAGAGACUUCUAAACGCAGCCUGUCUCGCCACCUUGAGGCUAAUGCACUGGAUCAUGAUCAACGGAUACCUUCAACCGGUUCUAAGAAAGUAUCUAGGAGACCAGCUGCCAGACGUACGAGAUCUGACUACGGAGAUUCCACUGACGCUGCAGAACAGUCAUUACAGCGUGGCUGACUCGGUUCCUUACUUGGCCAACGUGGUGAACGUCGCGUGCCUCCAUUGCAAGCCGGCGACGAACCUCGGCCCCGAUUUGGAGAGUUUCUUGCAACGCGGUUUCAUAUUCGUGUCUAUGGGCUCGUCGGUUCGCGCGUCAGACAUGCCAGAGGCGCUUCGUCAAAUCUUCGUGGCGGUGUUUGCCACGCUCCCGUGCAACGUCGUGUGGAAGUGGGAAGGCAUGAAGAUCAAAGAUCUGCCAUCGAACGUCAGAACGGCGGCAUGGUGGCCGCAACAAGAGCUGCUGGGUCAUCCGAAGCUUCGAGCGUUCGUCUCGCACGGAGGACUUUUGUCCUUGCACGAGGCAGCUUAUCACGCCGCGCCAACCCUCGUUCUACCCGUUUUCUGCGAUCACGAUGGAAACGCGGCUCAAGCUGAGAAAUUGGGUUACGCUUUGGUGAUGGAUUUGUCUAGAAUAUCCAUUGGAAGUUUUCGUGAUGGAAUUCUUAAAGUGGCUGCGGUGCACAACAAUUCGUAUCGAACAGCAGCGAAAAAGAGAAGCUCUUUGCUACGAGAUUUACCAAUUAACCCUAGAAAAUUGGCUACUUGGUGGGUGGAACAUGUCGCCAAAUAUAAAGGAGCCGAACAUUUGAAAAGUUCCGCAAGGUAUAUGAACGUUGUUCACUAUUAUUCUAUCGAUGUGGCAAUAUUUUAUGUGAUAGCGUUAAUCCUGUUGGUGUGCGGAUUGAAGAAACUGUGCUGGAGAACUAUAUUCAAACAAGUUGUUAAAAAGAAAAUCGAUUAGACUGUGAAUAGCAUCAAUCUCAUAGUUUCCUAUGGAGUUAUGUAUUUAUUUAAUACGUUCAAUACCGUCCAAUGGCAUUUGUAUUUUAUCGACUUUUGACAUCGACUAUGUAAAAACUAUACAACUAGAUUAAGAAUAAGUUUGUUGAAAUUUAAAAUGUUUGUAUCAUUCCUACUGCCUUUGGAUACAUAAUACAACGAAACAACGCUCUUUUAAA